UACAAAUCCCUCCCCUACUCAUUGUCGCACUCUUUCUCACGAUCUCGUACCACACUCACAGUCCCACGACCAAUCUUUACAGCAUGGCCGACGUCGACGUCCCCGCCGGUCGCAAGGCAUUUGUGCCUCUAGAAAACAACCCCGAAGUGAUGACCCACCUCGUACGACAACUCGGCCUGUCCCCCGCCCUCGAGUUCCACGACGUCUACUCCCUGACCGAGCCCGGCCUUCUGGCCUUCCUGCCCCGGCCCGCCGUGGCCCUGUUGCUCGUUUUCCCCGUGACGUCCAAUUACGAAAAGUUUCGAGCGGCCGAAGACUCCUCCAGACCCGAAUACGCCGGCUCGGGGCCGGAAGAGGAGGUGGUCUGGUUCAAACAGACGAUCCGUAACGCUUGUGGGUUGAUCGGGCUCUUGCACGCCGUCACCAACGGCGCGGCCCGUGACCAGAUCGCCCCCGGGAGUGACCUGGACACACUCCUCCGACAGGCCAUCCCCCUCUCGCCCGUCGACCGAGCGGACCUGCUGUACAACAGCAAGGCACUGGAGAGCGCUCACGCCUCGGCCGCCGCAAAGGGGGACACGUCCGCCCCGGACGCCGAGGAGAACGUGGACCUCCACUUCGUCGCGUUCGUCAAGGACGAAAAGACCGGGGAGUUGUGGGAACUCGACGGGAGGAGAAAGGGUCCCAUCAAGCGAGGUCGCCUGGACCCCCAAGACGACGUGCUCAGCGAAAGGGGCCAGGAGCUGGGAGUGCAGGCCUUCUUGAAACGAGAGGAACAAGCCGGGGGUGGAGAGAUGCGCUUCAGCGUCGUCAUGUUGGGUCCGAGUUUUGCAUGAAACAGCAUUAAAAAAGAACCGGAAAAACCUACAGUCGAUACAGAACUAUGAAGGAAUGGGUUACAGAGGAAUAUUUGCAUUGCACGGCCCAAAAGAUGGCUGGCCGUCCAGACAUAGCACCAAAAAGUCACGAAUUGAUGCGAUUUAUGAAUUAAGAAAAUAAAAACACGAAGAGGGAAGGCUUUCUCAAGAUCAGGACAACGCUGUAUUGUACAAAAACUAUCAAAAUAGUACGAAUGGGCCGUUGGUCGUGGACCAUCUUAUUAGCUGGCACCUAUCGAACCC